AUGUCCCUCCGCGUCACCUACAGACGUCGCUUGUCGUACAACACCACCUCCAACAAGAAGCGUCUUGUUAAGACCCCAGGAGGACGUCUCGUUGUCCAGUACAUCAAGAAGAGGGGACAGAUCCCGAAGUGCAGAGACACCGGAGUCAAGCUCCACGGAGUAAGUCCCCCCACAAAAACGGAUUAAAUUGUUUUAAUUCGCUGAAGAUAGUUUUCUCACGAUCAGAUUCUGUAAACUUGUAUUCAUCAUGAUUUCAAUUCCAGCUCACCCCAGCCCGCCCAAUUGGUCUGCGCCUGCUCAAGAGAAACGAGCGCACCGUCACAAGAGCCUACGGAGGAUGCUUGUCCCCGAACGCCGUCAAGGAGCGCAUCACCCGUGCUUUCCUCGUCGAGGAGCAGAAGAUCGUCAACAAGGUCAUCAAGCGCCAGAAGGACUAA